UACCGUAUCUACGUUCUGGUACCCUCUCUCACCCCAUCUCUAUACCUUCUUCUUCUUCGGCUCUUCUCUCUUUGCUACUAGCCCUCGUCCCUUCUCCGCAAUGGCGUUACAGAACGAGGACAAGAACAAAGAAGAAAACAAAAAGACAAAGCAGAAGUGGCAGAAGAGUUACUUCGAUGUUUUGGGAAUCUGUUGUCCGUCCGAAGUUCCUCUGAUCGUGAAUAUUCUCAAGUCUCUCGACGGCAUUAAGGAAUAUUCCGUUAUCGUUCCGACGAGAACGGUGAUCGUAGUCCACGACAGCCUCCUCAUCUCUCCGUCCCAAAUUGUUAAGGCACUGAACCAUGCUAGGUUAGAAGCAAACGUGAAAGUAGACGGGAAGACCAGCUUCAAGAAUAAAUGGCCAAGCCCUUUCGCGAUGGCUUCCGGCAUACUCCUCCUCCUCUCCUUCUUCAAAUUUUUAUACGCACCUGCUGGUUGGAUCGCUGUCGCAGCCGUGGCCGCCGGUAUUUAUCCAAUACUUGCCAAAGCCGUUGCUUCUAUAGGAAAUUGCAGGGUCGACAUCAACAUCCUGAUCAUUAUAACCGUGGCUGCAACACUUGCAAUGCAAGAUUACAUGGAGGCAGCAGCAGUUGUCUUCUUAUUCACCAUAGCUGAAUGGCUUGAAACAAGAGCUAGCUACAAGGCGAAUGCGGUAAUGCAGUCUCUAAUGAGCUUAGCUCCCCAGAAGGCAAUAAUAGCAGAGACUGGAGAAGAAGUUGAAGUAGAUGAUGUUAUGGUUAACACAAUUUUAGCUGUUAAAGCUGGUGAAACCAUACCAAUUGAUGGAAUUGUGGUUGAUGGAAACUGUGAAGUAGACGAGAAAACCUUAACCGGAGAAGCAUUCCCUGUUCCUAAACAGAAAGAUUCUACGGUUUGGGCUGGAACCAUCAAUCUAAACGGUUAUAUAAGUGUGAAAACAACUGCUUUAGCCAGUGACUGUGUGGUUACCAAGAUGGCUAAGCUCGUAGAAGAAGCUCAGAGCAGUAAGACCAAAUCUCAGAGGCUAAUAGACCAAUGUUCUAAGUACUAUACACCAGCAAUCAUCUUAGUAUCAGGUUGCAUUGCGGCUGUCCCGGCCAUAAUGAAAGUUCACAACCUCAACCAUUGGUUCCACUUAGCACUAGUUGUGUUAGUGAGUGCUUGUCCAUGUGGUCUUAUCCUCUCUACACCAGUUGCAACUUUCUGUGCACUUACUAAAGCAGCUACUUCAGGGCUUCUGAUCAAAAGUGCUGAUUAUCUUGACAUUCUCUCAAAGAUCAAGAUCACUGCCUUCGACAAAACUGGGACUAUUACCAGAGGAGAGUUCAUUGUUGUUGAUUUCAAGUCACUUCAUAGAGACAUAAGCCUACGCACCUUGCUUUACUGGGUAUCAAGUGUUGAAAGCAAGUCAAGUCAUCCAAUGGCAGCAACAAUUGUGGACUAUGCAAAAUCUGUUGAUGUUGAGCCUAGGACGGAAGAAGUUGAGGAUUACCAGAACUUUCCUGGUGAAGGAAUCUAUGGGAAGAUUGAUGGGAACGAUGUCUACAUUGGGAACAAAAGGAUUGCUUCUAGAGCUAAGUGUUCAACAGUUCCAGAGAUUGAAGUUGAUACCAAAGGAGGAAAGACUGUUGGAUACAUCUAUGUAGGUGAAAGACUAGCUGGAGUUUUCAAUCUCUCUGAUGCUUGUAGAUCAGGUGUCCUUCAAGCAAUGAAUGAACUAAAAGAUCUUGGAAUCAAAACCGCAAUGCUAACGGGAGAUAAUCAAGAUGCAGCAAUGCAUGCUCAAGAAAAGCUUGGGAAUGCUCUUGAUGUUGUACAUGGAGAACUACUUCCAGAAGACAAAUCCAGAAUAAUACAAGAGUUCAAGAAAGAAGGACCAACUGCAAUGGUAGGAGAUGGUGUGAAUGAUGCACCAGCUUUAGCUACAGCUGAUAUUGGUAUCUCCAUGGGGAUCUCUGGAUCUGCACUUGCAACACAGACUGGUCAUAUCAUUCUGAUGUCAAAUGAUAUCAGAAGGAUACCACAGGCGAUAAAGCUAGCGAGAAGUGCUCGAAGCAAAGUUGUUCAAAACGUGUUUCUAUCCAUCAUUUUCAAAGUAGGAAUACUGAUUUUGGCAAUUUGUGGUCAUCCUUUGAUUUGGGCUGCGGUUCUGGUUGAUGUAGGAACAUGUCUGCUGGUGAUUCUCAACAGCAUGUUGUUGCUGCGUGAGAAGGACAAGGGCAAGAACAAGAAGUGUUACAGGUCUUCUGUGUUGAAUGGUAAGAAACUUGAAGGAGAGGCGGAUGGAGAGCUGGACUUGGAAGCAGGCUUGUUGUCACAGAGUCAAUGCAACUCAGGAUGUUGUGGUGAUAAGAAAGCUCAAGAGAAGGUGAUGAAGAAACAAAUUGGUAAGUCCAGUUCUGACCAUGGUCACUCUGGUGGUUGCUGUAGUGAUAAGAAAGCUCAAGAGAAGGUGGUGAUGAAGAAACCAAGUAGUAAGUCCAGUUCUGACCAUGGUCACUCUGGUGGUUGUUGUGGUGAUAAGAAAACUCAAGAGAAGGUGGUGAUGAAGAAACCAAGUAGUAAGUCCAGUUCUGAUCAUGGUCACUCUGGUGGUUGUUGUAGUGAUAAGAAGCAAGACAAUGUAAAAGUGCUUGUGAAAGAUAGCUGUUGCGGUGAGAAGACUAAGAAACCAGAUGGAGAUAUGGCUUCAACGAGCUCAUGCAAGAAGUCUACUCAUGUCGACCAUGACAUGAAACUGAAAGGUGGUUCAGGUUGUUGUACCAAGGAUAAAGAGAAAAAUGUAGAGAUGCAGAUUCUUGGGGAGGAGGUAAUUGAUUUGGAGAAAGGUCUGAAGAAAAAUGCUGGUGAAGACUGCAAAACAAGCUGUUGUGGAACUAAAGAGAAGGCUAUGGAAUCAUCUUAUCUGGAGAAGGAUGUGCUGAUUAAGGAGACAGUGAAACAAACCGAGGAGAUAACUCUGGCUUCUGAGGAAGAGACAGGCAGUCUUGAUUGCUGGUUGGGUAGCUGCGAGAGCAAGACCACAGUGAAGCAAAGCUGCCAUGAGAAGACAAGUCUAGACAUUGAAGCUGGUGUAAGUUGUGAUCUCAAGUUAGCUUGCUGUGGUAGCAUAGAAGGAGAAGAAUUGAAAGAGCAAUUUGAUCUUGAGGUAAAGAGUGAAGGACAAUGCACGUCUGUUUGCUGUGGUGAUGAAAAGCAAACCGGAGAGAUAACUCUGGCAUGUGAGGAAGGGACAGACGGUUCUGAUUGCUGCCAUGAGAAGGAUUGUCUGGAGAGUGAACCUGGUGUAAUUUAUGAUCUCAAGUUGGUUUGUUGUGAGAACACAGAAGGAGAAGUGAGAGAGAAAUGUGAUCUUGAGAAGGGCUUGCAGGUGAAGAACCAAGGAGAAUGCAAGUCUGAUUGCUGUGACGAUGAAAUAACUCUGGCCUCAGGAUGCUGCGGAAGCAACAAGGAAGUGACACAAAUCUGCUGUGGAACUGGUUUGAAGCAAGAAGGGUCGUCUAGUUUGGUAAAUGUGGUGGAGAGUGGUAGCAAAGUGCGAGAGAUGGUGAAGCUUUCUAGCCAAAGCUGUUGCACAAAUCCUACUGAGCUGGUGUUAUCUGACUUGAAGAAGGUAGAGACGUGUUGCAAAGUGAAGACUCCUGAGGCUUGUGGAUCUAAAUGUAAGGUAAAAGAGAAGCAUCACAUCGGUAAAAGCUGUUGCAGGAGUUAUGCCAAGGCAUAUUGUAGCCACAGGCAUCAUCACCAUCACCACCACCACGGCCACCACCAUCACCACCAUGUGGGGGCUGCUUGAUGGAGACGUGACUGAAUAGCUUAGAAUCUCAGAUGCAUCCAUCUAUUCAAGUAACCUUUCCCCUUCAACUAGUGCGGUCGAGAAAAUAAAAAAAAAUGUUUUAUUGUUUUCAGCUAGAUUUAGCAACUGUGUGAUUCAUUAAGACAAAUGCUAGUGAUCCUUGUGUUUUCUCUAUGUUUGCGAUAAUAAUCCUAGAGUACUUCUAUC